AUGGGGAAUGCGUUGCGGUUUUUCACCUUCAACGAAAGGGAGGAAAGAACCAGUCUGACCCACCUCGCGAUUUACCGCGACAGCGAAAUCGUGGACAUACCGAACAGUUGGGACAAAAAGAUCCCCUCUUGCGACAGCUUCACUGUAGCGGAAAGACAGAAAAACCCGUCGUUUCAGAAGAUCUACGAAGACGCCGUGUAUGGUAACUGCAAGACCACGAGCCGGGAAAAAUUAGACAAGAGAAGAAGGGAGCAGGACAAGGAAAGUAGACAAGCGUCACCAGCAAGUGACCUUGGGAGGAAAAAGUUAGAGAAUGUGGGAGAAGGUG